UUUUUUUUUUUAUUUUUUUUGCUUGCUUGGUGAACAUUCAUGGCCAGUAUACGUAGUGGAUAGUGUCUAGCAUAUACAGUUCACAUAAUACGGUAAAAUCACAAUAAUAACCCAGUGCUACUAUCUCAAUACCAUUGUUUAAUUCUGUAUUAUCUUGUCAACCUACUCUGACCUUAUACUUAUCUACUAUUUCACGUACCUGUAAUGUUUAGGCAAUAGUGUUCCAAAUGUAUAAUCCAUGUGGACUACAUGUCAACACGUGUCUAGUACCAUACUGUUAAUUCCCUGUAAUUUAAGUGCUGUACCGGUUUGGUUUUUACCUUGAUGCACUUUGGCAUAUUUUGAACCUGAGGAUGUCCGUCUAGGAACAUAUAAUUAGCUAUCGCCCAGACCAUCUAAUAGUAAGCGUACCGUAUUCGUGUUCACUCAAGUGCUUGUGUUUAAUUGCACACAUACUAAGCUGUACAAGCGUUUUGUAAAUAUGAUUAUAUAUAUAUUUUUCAAAGCGGUUGAUUCCACGAUGCAUGUAACUUGUAAGUGUGAAUUAUGCCUCUUAUGUAUUUGUAUUUUAGUUUGUUUGUUGUGUUUGUUGUUAAUAUUGAUGCUAUUAUAUGUUUAAGCAACGAUCUAUACAUUGCAAGUCCCUGCCCAUGCUCAUGCUUUGCUGCUAGUUGUAUUGCCCGAACCCUUAUUAAGCGUGGAUGUCCCACUAAACUGACUGUUUACGAUAAUGGUUAAAAUUCUUUUUUCAUCUGUUGUGAAUAGGACAUCCAUCUUACGAGGGCAUAUGACUUGGCCAUGCAGUAUUUCUAUUCAAUUUAUAUACAUUUAUUCUAAAAUAUUCAACAAUAACUCAUAUCUACAAAUACUUCUGCAAACACUGCUGAUUAAAUGUAUGGAUGUUGAACUGAAUCCAGGUCCACUCCAGAAUGUAGAAAUAGUUCAUCUUAAUGUUAGAUCCAUAAGAAAUAAAAUAGAUGUUAUUGAAGCACAACUACAUGAUAGUGACAUAAUAUGUAUAACUGAAUCACACCUUAACCCUCUAAUCCCAAAUUCUGAUAUUAAAUUAGAGUCAUUCUCAGAUGAAAUUCAUAGAAAAGAUAGGACAACAGGGCAUGGUGGUGGUGUUAUUAUCUAUCAUAAAAACAAUAUUCUUACUAAACGUAGACAUGAUCUUGAAAAUGAACAUAUAGAAAUGAUUUGGAUAGAAGUCUUAAUCCAAAAUCAUAAAUUUCUGCUUGGAUGUAUAUAUAGACCUGAUUCUAAUAUAGAAUACUGGAGUAAAUUUGAACAAAUCCUUGAUAAAGCUAGUGAAACUUCCAUGGAUAUACUAAUUACUGGUGACUUAAAUGUUGAUAUGCUAAGAACCCCACCCACUUCUCACUUAUCUAGACUCUUAACUAAAUUCAACCUAAAAAGUAUUAUUAAUAAACCUACUAGAGUGACACCUGAUAGUGCAACCUCUAUAGAUGUUGUCUUUACAAAUAAUCCUUCCAUAGUGAAAAAUACUCAUGUUGACCCUGCUUUCUGUAGUGACCACUCCCCUAUAUAUAUGGAAGUUUGUUAUGCUAUCUUCAAACAUAAAGCAUACAAAAAGACUGUAUGGAUGUAUAACAAUACUGACUAUAAUAUUAUGAAUGACGAACUAAAUGUUAUUGACUGGAACUUAAUUGCUGCUGAUAUGGAUACCCAAGAAUUGGAUUAUCACAGGUCUAAGGAAAGGUACAUCACACCAAACUCUAUAUAAAGAACUAGGUUGGGAAUCCCUGUCUGAUCGAAGGAUGAACCAUAAGCUAACUCAGAUGUAUAAAAUAACUAACAAUUUAUCACCCACAUACCUCCAUGACAUAAUUGAUCCUCUUACUCAUAACCCAGAAAAUGAUAGGUAUACUCUAAGAAAUGUAAGAAUGUUUAACCCACCACUAUGUCGUACAGAAUCCUAUGCUAAAAGCUUCUUCCCAGUAAUGUGCAACAAGUUCAAUGGACUUGAAAAUGAUAUAGUACAUUCCCCUACUCUUAAUAAAUUUAAGGCCAAGGUGUAUAAUAAAAUAUGUUGUAAUAAUGAUAUCUCGGAUGUAUUUAAAAAUUGUGAAAGCAGAAAGGAUAACAUAAUCCUAUGUCAACUGAGAAAUGAGGCGAGUAACCUGAACUAUGAUCUAUUCAAAGAUCACUUGAAAGAGUCUCCAUCUUGUCUGUGUGGUGAUGCUUAUGAAACUGCUACACAUUAUCUUUCACAAUGUCCAAUGUAUACUAAUGAGAGACAAACUUUAAUAAAUGAGAUUUUUGAAGUGUGUCCGGUUAAUCUUGAUACUAAAACACUUCUUAAUGGAAGCACUGUGUUAAACAAUACUGAAAAUAAAUCUAUACUUGAUAGUGUUCUAAAAUAUAUAUACAACACAAGAAGAC